CAAGGAUUAUCUAUAUUUGGUCUGCUUACACCAGUUCCGCUGAAUUGAAAUUGAUUAUUAGUAUUAAUUGUUUGAAUUCGUAAAAAUCGUGUUUUUGUAAUCUUCUUGGUUCUAACUAUUCCUCGAAACAAUUGACUUGGUUUUGGAAAGGUGUACAGUGCAUAAAUAACGUUUACAAUGGGAGGAAAACAUUCCUCAUUGGAUCCGAUGCAAAUUAAAGUUCCUAAUUUAGAAGAUUUAUUGCAAAGAGAUUCGUAUCUGAGACCUUACGAACGAGAAUUCAGAAGGCGUUACGCCGUGUAUUUAGAUUACAUCGAUAAAAUCAACGAAGGCGACGGAAGUAUUGAGAAAUUUUCCAAAAGUUACGAAAAAUACGGCAUCCAUAUACUGCCCGAUAAUAGCGUCAGUUGUUUCGAAUGGGCUCCUGGAGCCAAAGCUCUUUACCUAAGCGGCGAAUUUAAUCAGUGGAACACCAGCAGCCAUCCAUUUACAAAAUUAGAAUACGGUAAAUGGGAGUUGACUUUGCCUCCGAAACCAGAUGGUGCUCCCGUACUCGAACAUUUAGCAGAAGUAAAGAUAGUCGUCGAAACUACUUACGGCGAAAAGCUAUUCAGAUUAUCUCCUUGGGCUACUUACGUCGUUCAACCGCCUGAAUGGGAAGGUUACACGUUCAAGCAAAAAAUUUGGAAUCCUCCUCAAGAACAAAAGUAUACAUUCAAACAUCCCAAAGUACCUAAACCGAAGAGUUUGAGAAUUUACGAAUGCCAUGUCGGAAUUGGUACCAGCGAACCAAAAGUGGGCUCGUAUCUGGAAUUUAUCGAUAACGUGCUACCUCGAAUCACCGAUCUGGGAUAUAACGCUAUACAAUUGAUGGCCGUCAUGGAACAUGCCUAUUACGCUUGUUUCGGCUACCAAGUCACCAGUUUUUUCGCCGUGUCUAGUCGAUAUGGUAAUCCUGAGGAAUUGAAACAGUUGAUCGAUGCUGCUCAUGCGAAAGGAUUAUACGUUUUAUUAGACGUUGUGCACUCGCACGCGUCUAAAAAUGUCCUCGAUGGAUUGAAUCAAUUCGACGGCACCAACAGUUGUUUCUUUCACGAUGGUGGUCGUGGAGAUCAUCCACUUUGGGACAGUAGACUUUUCAAUUACUCCGAAUACGAAGUACUCAGAUUUCUGUUAUCGAAUUUGAGAUGGUACAUGGAUGAAUAUAAUUUCGACGGAUUCCGUUUUGACGGCGUAACUUCCAUGCUGUACCAUUCCAGAGGCGUCGGCGAAGGAUUCAGUGGCAAUUACGACGAAUAUUUCGGAAUGAACGUCGAUACCGAAGCCGUGGUGUAUUUAAUGUUGGCCAACGAUUUCUUGCAUAAAUUGUACCCCGACGUUGUUACCAUCGCAGAAGAUGUUUCCGGAAUGCCGUCCUCCUGCAGACCUGUCUCCGAAGGUGGCGUUGGAUUCGAUUAUCGCUUAGGUAUGGCGAUUCCGGAUAAAUGGAUAAAAUUAUUGAAAGAACAGUCGGACGAAGAAUGGAACAUGGGUAAUAUUGUGCAUACUUUGACGAAUCGCCGUUGGUUAGAGAAAACUGUAGCAUAUGCAGAAUCCCACGAUCAAGCAUUAGUAGGAGAUAAAACUAUCGCAUUUUGGCUGAUGGAUAAAGAAAUGUAUUGGCAUAUGUCGAACGUCCAUCAUUCCAGUGGUUCGCCAGCAUUGAUUAUUGAUCGUGGCAUGGCUUUGCAUAAAAUGAUACGAUUAAUAACCCACGCUUUAGGAGGCGAAGCGUAUUUAAAUUUCAUGGGUAACGAAUUUGGUCACCCGGAAUGGUUAGAUUUUCCCAGAGAGGGUAACAACAACUCGUAUCACUACGCUCGAAGACAGUGGAAUUUAGUCGAUGAUCCGUUACUUAAAUACAAAUUUUUGAAUAAUUUUGAUCGAGCUAUGAAUCAUUUGGAAGAAAAAUAUGGUUGGUUGCAUUCCGACUAUUCUUAUGUCAGUUUGAAACACGAAUCUGAUAAAGUCGUCGCUUUCGAAAGAGCCGAGCUUCUGUUUGUAUUCAAUUUUCAUCCAACUGAAAGUUACACCGAUUAUAAAAUUGGUGUUGAUAAAGCAGGUACUUAUAAGUGCGUGUUGGACAGUGAUGAUUCUGAUUUUGGAGGCCAUAAUAGGGUAGAUAAAUCGGUGCAACAUUCUACUCAUCCAGAACGAUGGGCUAACAGAUCUAACUGGUUGCAGCUGUAUUUGCCUAGUAGAUCUGUUCAGGUUUACAGUGUCGUUAAUUAAGCUACGUCUUCGAAUUUUACCUAUUUUUUUCUUCAAGUGCCAUAUGGUUGUCAAUUAAUGCAUUUGUACGAUAUUUUGUACUUAUUUUGUAUUCUUUUUUUUUUCUUUUUUGCAUUUUAAGUAAUGUGUAGUUGUAAGCUUUCGUUUGUAUUAGUGUAGUUUCAUUUUAUUUUUUUAGAUUUUUUAGAUUUCAUGCGAAACGUAUUUGAUAUCGUUAUAUGAACUUUCGAAAUAUUAUUUUAAUUAGUUGGUGAUAAAGUAUCAUAUGUAUGUUACAUUACCGGAAAAACGUAUCGAUAAGAUCGCGAACAACAGUUACCGAAAUAUAUUUUGUUGCACUCGGCGCAGACAGGUUCUUUCGUUAUGUUUCCUAAAAGUAAUAGGCUUGAUAAUUUUUUCGAUUGAAAAUUUUGCCUGGUUAUCAAUUUUUUGAAUUAUUUAAAAGAAUCAAGUUUGGAAAAUGAAACAUUUUACGUUUGGAGAGGUGUACUUAUUUAUGUAAACAAUAGAUUUUUUCAAUCUUUUGAAAAAUGAGUACCGUAUUGUUGAGUAGUUUGGUAAAAUUACGUAAAAAAACGUAGAUGAGAGUUUCGAAUGAAUCUGUUAUCAUCGAUUUCGUUGGGAAAAAAUUAUGUUUCAUCGUUCGAUUGAUAUAAUAAAAUGUAUCAUACUUGGUAUUCUGGUAUUUGUCAUUAGGUUAUAUCGAUGUGUUAUCUAAAAAAAAUUUUAAUAGAAUAUACACUACUUUUUCAUUUAUGUUAGUUGAAGUUGUAUGGCUGCUGUAUUUAUUUGAAUAAGCAAUACAAGUCUUGCUUGA